AGCAGCAGAGGUAACUCAUGCGGUCUUUGGCGUUUGUUUAGUUUGUUUGCGGUGUGCUCGACUCACAUCAGCUGUCGGAAGUGUGCAUAGUUGUUUGGAUGUUCGCUUUUUUUGCGUGUUUAGUGAACAUUUAGCAUUUACCGGUCUUUAAUUUUUUUUUUUAUAUAUAUAGACUAUAUAUUUUGGGCAUCUGUCCAUUUUGAGGUUCCUAGGUUUUUUAAAUAGUAAUAUUAUAUACAGGAUGGGUCCGAAGCAGAGCAGUCCGUCGGUGGGGGUUCGGAUCCGAUCUUACUCCGGUUCCGAUCUGUAUAACUCUGACGGGCGAGCCGCGGUUCUGCGCUAUUACGCGGGCGGUUCGACGGGACAGAUCGGUGAACGGGUCCAGAGACCCGGUCCGUUCAUCCAGAGCGCCGUCAUCCCGACCGGCGGCCGCAGAGAGGAGCCAGACGGGCAGAGGACGCUCCUGAUCGGGUCACUUCCUGCGCACCUCAGCCCUCACCUGCUGGGCGCUGGAUUUGACUGUCCCGCCUGCUCAAAGUUUGUCUGUUCAGAUGAAAUCGAAGAUCAUUUGAUCAUGUGUUUCUCCAAACCCAGACUCAAUUAUAACGAUGAUGUUUUGUCCCGGGACUCUGGCGAGUGUUCGAUAUGUCUGGAUGGCAUGGUUCAGGGGGACACCAUCGCUCGACUGCCCUGUCUCUGUGUCUACCACAAAGGGUGUAUUGAUGAAUGGUUUGAGGUCAACAGGUCUUGUCCAGAACAUCCCACAGAUUAACAUUAAAACAGAUAUUUCCAGUAAAGAAGACCAGCAGAGAAGGGCUCAGCUAAUGUUUUUCUCCAGUAUCUUACUCGCUUUGACACUAGAUGAUAAAUCUGUCAUCAUCAGAGACUUAUAUGGACUAAAACCUGCAGUGCCAAAUCUAAAUGAAAUCAUGCAUAUACUUUGCACAGUUCUGUUAACAAACCCGAAGACUCACGGAGCUCAGAUAGAGGACUGAAGUAUCACUGCUUCAUUGGUUAGGGGGUAACAUAUCAGUAGUUUCCAUAACCACAACAUGACUUUCUGUUGAACUGUUUUUAACCACAGUUUGUGUAGAGUUGUGUAGCGCAGACAUGAAUGUAGCGGACGAUGACCGACAGAAUGUGAGUAAAGGAGGAACAUGAAGGACCUAAUCAAAGGUAUUUUCUGUACACUUCGAUUUUUGAAAUUAUAUUUAAAAUAGAUGAACCAGUUGUGAAUGAUUGUGAUAAAUGCUGUUGAUUAUUUACCCCAGUGAGCCGCUGUGUAUAUAACAGGUGCUAGUUACAAACUAUAUAUGUAAUUAUAAUUUAUAUAUAAAUAAAUUCAAAGGGCUCUUGAAUGUAAA